AUGUCGGCAAUUGCAUGCUUCAACUCUUCGAAAGAAUACAGUAAAUCGUCGGAGUCCUACUGCAACCUCUUCGAGGGCAGCAUCGGCGUUUCCAGUCUGGUGGAAAUGAAUGGCAUGAGUAGCACCGGUGCUACAGGCGGCCUUACUGAUGGCGAUUCGGGUUGCUUUCAAAACGGCGAUAUGUCCCUCUCCGGCGUGAUGCCUACCAUGGCGCUUGAUUCGGUUACCGGCGAAGCCGAUCAUCGCUUCAGCGAACUCUUCAUGCCCCGUGCGAUCGCUCCCUGCGCCUCGCUGGAGUCCCUUUAUACCUCCACUUCCAUCUCCUCGACUACAGCAUCUACUAUGCCCAGUCCUCUUGAAACGAGCGUCCCUGCUCCCCUCCCCUCCACUGCCACUGCGCCGACUUCAACCUCGGUCACCGCAAUUGGUAACACCUCGGCCUCCACCGGUCUUGUUUUUAUGAACGGCAGGCUUGGGGCCGACCCCUUGGGG